CCCAGUACAAGAUCUCAGAAUCCGAUGGGAAAUAAAAACAAUUCUAGUAAUUUUAUGCCCCGCGACCAUUGGGAAACCCCUCCGGCGCAGGGACGGCCCAAGGUACAGGUGUUCGUGACUGUCGCGGCAUCAAGAGCUACCAGCAAGCCGAAUGUGGAAGUGUCGGUGACCACAAAGGUGAGGAUUUCGAGCGGAACGGCCUCAACACCGAACGAGGAAACCUCCAGAGAGGGAUCCCAGGACGACUACGAGGAAACCUCCAGUGAGGGAUCCCAGGACGACUACGAGGAAACCUCCAGUGAGGGAUCCCAGGACGACUACGAGGAAACCUCCAGAGAGGGAUCCCAGGACGAUUACGAGGAAACCUCCAGAGAGGGAUCCCAGGACGACUACGAGGAAACCUCCAGAGAGGGAUCCCAGGACGACUACGAGGACAACUCCGGAGAGGGAUGCCAGCAGGACUACGAGGAAACCUCCGGAGAGGAACCCCUCCAGUACUAUCAGGCAAUCUGCGGAGAGGGAGCCCAGGACGACUAUGAGCAAACUUCCGGAGAUGAAUCCCAACAGAAUUACGAGGAUACCUACCUUGACGGAUCCCAGGACGACUACGAGCAAACCUCCGGAGAGGGACCCCUGCAGAACUAUCAGGUAAUGUGCGGAGAGGGAGCCCAGGAGGACUACGGGGACACCUCUGUAGAUGGAUCCCAAGAGAAUUACGAGGAUACCUCGCUGGGGGGAUCCCAAGAGGACACCUCUGUAGACGGAUCCCAAGAGGAUUAUGAGGACACCUCCGUAGACGGAUCCCAAGAGGAUUACCAGGAUAUCUCUCUGGGCGGAUCACAAGAGGAUUACGAGGAUGCCUUAUUGGACGAAUCACAAGAGGACUGCGAGGGCACCUCCGUAGACGGAUCCCAAGAGGACUGCGAGGACACCUCCGUAGACGGAUCCCAAGAUGACUGCGAGGACACCUCCGUAGACGGAUCCCAAGAGGACUGCGAGGACACCUCCGCAGACGGAUCCCAAGAUGACUGCGAGGACACCUCCGUAGACGGAUCCCAAGAGGACUGCGAGGACACCUCCGUAGAAGGAUCCCAAGAGGAUUAUGAGGACACCUCCGUAAACGGAUCCCAAGAGGACUGCGAGGAUACCUCCGUAGACGGAUCCCAAGAGAAUUGUGAGGACGCCUCCGUAGACGGAUCCCAAGAGGAUCACCAGGAUAUCUCCCUGGGCGGAUCACAAGAGGAUUACGAGGAUGCCUUAUUAGACGAAUCCCAAGAGGAUUACGAGGACACCUCAGUAGAAGGAUCCCAAGAGGAUUAUGAGGACACCUCCGUAGAAGGAUCCCAAGAGGACUGCGAGGACACCUCUGUAGACGGAUCCCAAGAGGACUGCGAGGACACCUCCGUAGACGGAUCCCAAGAGGAUAAUGAGGACACCUCCGUAGACGGAUCCCAAGAGGACUGCGAGGACACCUCCGUAGACGGAUCCCAAGAGGACUGCGAGGACACCUCCGUAGACGAAUCAAAAGAAGACUGCGAGGACACCUCCGUAGACGAAUCCCAAGAAGACUGCGAGGACACCUCCGUAGACGAAUCCCAAGAGGACUGCGAGGACACCUCCGUAGACGAAUCCCAAGAGGACUGCGAGGAAACCUCCGUAGACGAAUCCCAAGAGAACUGCGAGGACACCUCCGUAGACGAAUCCCAAGAGGACUGCGAGGACACCUCCGUAGACGAAUCCCAAGAGGACUGCGAGGACACCUCCGUAGACGAAUCCCAAGAGGACUGCGAGGACACCUCCGUAGACGAAUCCCAAGAGGACUGCGAGGACACCUCCGUAGACGAAUCCCAAGAGGACUGCGAUGACACCUCCGUAGACGGAUCCCAAGAUGACUGCGAGGACACCUCCGUAGACGGAUCCCAAGAGGAGAACAUGGAAACCUCCGUAGACGGAUCCCAAGAGAAGGACGACAAAACCUUCGAAUACAGAAUCCAUAAAUGCAAAUCCAAUGGAGAAGGAUCCCAAGAGAAGUACGACAAAACCUUCGAAGACAGAAUCCAAGAGCACAUCGAGGACACCAUGGAAGACGGAUCCCGAAAGGACUACGAGGAAACCUCCGUGGCCGGGUCUCAGGAGCAGGAAGGAGAUGUAUGCGAAAGUGUCGGAGCAGUUGAGGAUAACAAUAAGUGUGAAGAUAACUGUGAAGAUGGGCUUCCGAUGGCAUACGUCCAGCCGCCAAUGCGUGCGAAAGUGCGGAUGCUGCAGGCACAGUCGUCAUAUUCCAGCACAGUCUCCUCUGCGUCGGACGGAUCCUCGUGUGCAGCAGCCCCAGCGACAUCGACGGACAAUGAGUGCGCGACAUCACCCAGCGUAAAUUCGUCGUCUGAUGAAUACUAUACUGCGCCGACCACCGCGUCCACAUCCAACGCGUCAGGAGACGUGUGCACGGAAUCCACCUCCACGGCAACGUCAUCUGAUGAUGACAAUAACAUCGAGCCACCGUCUGCAUUGUCUCCUCCUGUUCCAGACUUCAAGCUCUACUGGCUGGACAGCAAUGGACAGUUGGUUUUCCACCCGAAACUGGCUGCGGUCCUCACGCCAAUCGACUCCUACGACACUGCCUCCACCUCGCCCGAUUUCUUGCAAGAAGUCGACGGACAGUUGGUGUUCGAUCCCAGGCUUGCUUCCGUGCUGUCGCCCAGUGCGAGUUUGAAAUCGGUUUAUCCCAACUGCAACCCAUUGCUGAUACAGGUACUGGAUGAGAUCUACCUACGGUUCUUGCGUUUCGGUAUCAACGGCAUUCUGGGUUUCCUGGAAUACAAUGACGGAGAGGAGGCCUUCACCAUAUUAUCGUCAGAGCAUGUCAGGAUGUUCGUGUUCGGAUUGCUGUUCGGAUUCUUGCUGAGCGAUGGUGGGAUGCGGGCCGCCCUGCCACAGCAUGCUUCACAGUACCCUGUGCAGAUCUGUAAUGAGACCAUCAACAUCCCGAUGAUAGAGCAAGUCAGCCAAUAUCCUAUCGGAACGUCCGUUUGUGGAGAAGACAUUGCAAAUAGCGAUCCCCAUGAUGAGGAUGAAGAGUCGGACAAACAAUAGGGUGUCUUCCUCCGGAGAGGUUAGAAGCAAGCAGGUCUUUGCUGCGCCGCUCCUUGAUUUUCACGCUAUGCG